GCGACCUUCAUCUCGCACACAGUACGGAACUGAGGAUCAGUGCGGUGGUGCACGCACGCUUAGCAGUGAUCCACGGUCUAGGCAAAGGAGAUUGAGUAGGAAGAAGAAUGAAGACCUUAGGAGUGUUGCUUGUGACGGGGAUCGUGCUGAUUGCAGCUUCGUCGGAGCCUCUCAACGAUGACGAUCUUGACGACACGGAGUACGAUCAGGACAACGAAGGUGAUUCACUCGUGCCGCCUUCCUUCGCGAUCCGAACGGAGCAGGGUGAAACCGUGCUGAUGGUACAGAUUCCGGACAAAGCCGGUGACUUUGUACCGAUGAGGCGGAUGGAUGUACAGGACUACAAGCGCAAUGCAACCGACUUCGAGGCUGCCAAGUACGUGCAGUGCUACCUGUACGGAGCGAACGGUACCAGACAGAAAUUCCAUUUCGAUGAGCCGGCCGCAAUAGCACGAGCUGGUUUCAAGCGUGACCUACCGACGGCCCUCCUGGUGCAUGGUUGGCUCGGUAGCUCGGAGUCGAUGGUAAUCGAUCCGCUGGCUCGUGCACUGCUGGAACAGGACGGCAAAAACGUGAUUGCGGUGGAUUGGGAGAAGGGCGCCAGUACGCUGCUCUACCCGGUCGCACGCUACCGGGUACCGAAGGUGGCCGCAGUGGUGGCCAAACUGAUCGACAAUUUGGUACGGGACCUUGGUCAAGAUAUUAACCGCGUAGGCAUCAUCGGACACAGUUUGGGGGCACAUAUUGCUGGCAUCACUGGUAAGUUGGUGCGUUCCGGCAAGAUCGGUUACAUCGUAGGGCUCGAUCCAGCCUCACCCCUAUUCCGCCUGAAGAAACCGACCGAACGGCUUUCCGCCGAUGAUGCACAGUACGUCGAAAUCAUCCACACCAACGGGAAGGCGCUUGGGUUUUAUCGAAACAUUGGCCAGGCCGAUUUCUAUCCAAACGGAGGAGUGAAACAGCCGGGCUGUGGGAUCAAUCUGUCCUGUAGCCAUCAACGGGCGGUUGACUUUUUCAAGGAAUCUCUCAGCAUCCGCAACUACUAUGCACGCCGCUGCGAUGGUCUGGAUAACCUUGGAACCUCCUGCCCGACGGCCCGCUCUGCUCUGGGUGGGCUCAUAUGGAAGGCCACUAAACCCGCCGGCGUCUAUUACAUCGCGACCGCCGCCAAUGAACCGUUUCUUCGUCAAGCUGCUUCUGGUGCCAUUCAGCUGAAACCCGCAUCUGCCAUCGCUUGGUGGCUUACGAGCUGGCCGCUGCUUAUCCCGCUAAUCGGUUACCGUUAUUGGAAGUGACCUUUGGGUGCUCUCAUUGAAUCAAAUUGAGUUUGAGUUGAGUGAGAGUGUACAGAUUACGGAAAGCAGAAAUGCCCCUAUAUACGUGCAAGCUCUGGGUAACGCGUGCACACAAGCAUCUCGUACAUUCCCCCUGUGUCAGUUUGGUUUCAGUGGUGGUAUGUGGUAGACAUUAAAGAGGUAGAAUUUUAAAUUUAAUUUCAAUAUUUUACAUAAAAUCGUAAAAAGACAUAAAAAGUUCAAAGAGAAACGCCGAGCCGAAAGUUUCUAUCGAUCUCCCCGAAUCUCCUACUCGAUCAAUGUACACUGGAAUCUCGAAUGUAGCUGGAGUGGUUUUUUUUUUAAAUAAAACAAUUCAAAUCUAUACCAAAGUA